GUGAGACGCGGAGGAGCAGCGGCUACCCGAGCUGCGCCCAGCAACGCGCUCCUUCCCGCUCCCCCACAUCGGCCUCGGCCCUCUCACCGGCUGUAGAAAAUGGUGAAAGAAACCACUUACUAUGAUGUUUUGGGGGUCAAACCCAAUGCCACCCAAGAAGAACUGAAAAAGGCCUACAGGAAACUGGCCUUAAAGUACCACCCUGAUAAGAAUCCAAAUGAAGGAGAGAAGUUUAAACAGAUUUCUCAAGCUUAUGAAGUACUCUCUGAUGCAAAGAAAAGGGAAUUAUAUGACAAAGGAGGUGAACAGGCAAUUAAAGAAGGUGGAGCUGGUGGUGGUUUUGGCUCCCCCAUGGACAUCUUUGAUAUGUUUUUUGGAGGAGGAGGAAGAAUGCAGAGAGAAAGGAGAGGUAAAAAUGUUGUGCAUCAGCUCUCAGUAACCUUAGAAGAUUUAUAUAAUGGUGCAACAAGAAAACUAGCUCUGCAAAAGAAUGUGAUUUGCGAUAAAUGUGAAGGCCGAGGUGGUAAGAAAGGAGCAGUUGAGUGUUGUCCCAAUUGCCGAGGUACUGGAAUGCAAAUAAGAAUUCAUCAAAUAGGACCUGGAAUGGUUCAGCAAAUUCAGUCUGUGUGCAUGGAGUGCCAGGGCCAUGGGGAACGGAUCAGUCCUAAAGAUAGAUGUAAAAGCUGCAAUGGAAGGAAGAUAGUUCGAGAGAAGAAGAUUCUAGAAGUUCAUAUUGACAAAGGCAUGAAAGAUGGCCAGAAGAUAACAUUCCAUGGUGAAGGAGACCAAGAACCAGGACUGGAACCAGGAGAUAUUAUCAUUGUUUUAGAUCAGAAGGACCAUGCUGUGUUUACUCGGCGAGGAGAAGACCUUUUCAUGUGUAUGGACAUACAGCUGGUUGAAGCACUGUGCGGUUUCCAAAAGCCAAUAUCUACUCUGGACAACCGAACCACUGUCAUCACCUCUCAUCCAGGUCAAAUUGUCAAGCAUGGAGAUAUCAAGUGUGUGCUAAAUGAAGGCAUGCCAAUUUAUCGUAGGCCAUAUGAGAAGGGUCGCCUCAUCAUCGAAUUUAAGGUAAACUUUCCUGAGAAUGGCUUUCUGUCUCCUGAUAAACUCUCUUUGCUGGAAAAACUCCUACCUGAGAGGAAGGAAGUAGAAGAGACUGAUGAAAUGGACCAGGUAGAACUGGUGGACUUUGAUCCAAAUCAGGAAAGACGGCGCCAUUACAAUGGGGAAGCAUAUGAGGAUGAUGAACAUCAUCCCAGGGGUGGUGUUCAGUGUCAGACCUCUUAAUGGGGCCAAUGAAUAACACUGCUGGCAUUUUAUGUGCAGUAGUGAAUGAGUGAAGGACUAUAAUCAUAGCUCACUACUUGCUAUUGUUUUUGUUUUAAUAUUCAACUAUAGUAGUGUUUUAAAAGUUAAAUGAAGAAUAAACUCAAAUAUAAAA